AAGUCGACCUUCCCUCCUUAGGUGGUCUCGGGUUCAUUUGUCUCACGUAUCCUCUGCCCGUCAGACUUUUCUUUACGCCGGUAGUGUUGGUACUCUCCUCAGCCAACGUCUCUACCUCUAAUUUUACACAUGUAAACAGAACAUGGGGAGGAGCAGCUACCACAUUACUUUCGACUGAAACUACAACCUGCCGAUCUGCAUCGUCACACUAAUACCCUAGCCGCGCCUCGUAGCGCCGCGGGCUCUCCAUAUUCCUAUAUGUAUCAACGCCCGAUGUCAUGCAGCCGUUCAUUGCUGCAAUGCAAAAGGUACGACAGGCCUUCCUCGCUGCCAUCAUCAAGAGUUUUCUGAGGACAAAACAUGUCCUUCAGACAAUUCUCAACAUCUGGAUAUCUCCGUCCAUUAUCAAGGGAGAAAAUGUCGAAGCAGAGCCCUCGACCCAGGAGGUACGGAAACUGGGAGCACCAGAAUUUGUAGAGGUGGUUAAUAAGGCUUUCCAUGGCUUGGUGGGGAGAAAACGACUAGUGGCUUUGUCAGAUGGAUUGAGAAAGCAAUUUUUGGAGAGCAUGUUCGACAAUCCGCAAUGUAUGCUUCCAUCAUACAACCACCAACUUCCUUCCGGCGACGAGCAAGGGACGUUUCUUGCCCUUGAUGUAGGAGGCUCGACUUUCCGAGUGGGUCUGAUUGAACUUUCAGGGCGGAAAAGUGGCGACGAGGAGUGCAAAAUUUUGAAGAGAAGUACCUUUAAAAUUGAUAAAACCGUCAAGCAACUCAAAGGUGUUUUGUUUUUCGACUGGAUGGCGGAAAGAAUAGGAGAGGUGCUAGCUGGGCAGGCUGAGGGUCACGACAUGUCUGAUGCUCCACUGUCAAUGGGUCUGGCCUGGUCAUUUCCCAUAGAACAAACAUCUCUUCGAAGUGGGCUCCUACAAGGCAUGGGAAAGGGUUUCCUUGCAGCUCAUGGGCUCCUAGGGCAAGAUCUUGGCGACCUCAUUCAAGAUUCGUGUUCGAAAAGAGGUCUCAACGUGCAGGUGGACGCUAUUGUGAAUGAUUCUUCAGCAACUCUUCUUUCCAAGGCUUACCUGGACUCGACAACACGCUUCGCACUUAUUCUCGGAACUGGUGUAAAUGCUGCUGUGCACCUUCCUGUGCAUACUUUCUCUCCUUCAAAAUUUGGGAUACGACCUCCCGAGUGGCAUGAUUCUGCUAAGCAUGUCAUCGUCAACACAGAGCUAUCGAUGUUCGGAUCAGGCAUCUUACCGUCAACACAAUGGGAUGAGCUACUACUAUCUGUGCACCCGGAUCCAACUUUUCAGCCUCUUGAGCACUUUGUUGGUGGAGGAUACCUUGGAGAGAUAGUACGGCUUGUGUUAGUCGAAGGCAUUCGGACGGCGGGACUCUUCGGUGGCGUCGUCCCUCCGAAUCUGAGGGAGAAGUAUUCCUUAGACACAGAAACUCUUUCACGCAUAGAAUCCGACCGAAGUCCAGAUCUCUCCACAGCACAAGCCGUCUUCAUGUCUCGUCAUCCGACAACAAUACCUCCUACUCCUACCGACCUGCACACACUUCGUCUCAUCGCUGCCCAUGUCACACAUCGUGCGGCAGGAAUCAUCGCCGCAGGUGUGCAUGCUCUCUGGCAGCUGCGCAACGAAGCAGAGUCCAUCCUUCCUCAAGAAUCAUCACAUACCCUCGUGGCAUACAAUGGUUCUGUCCUUGAAAACUAUCCCGGGUUCAAAGUAGCCUGUCAAAAGCAUCUCGAUACAUUGGUUGAAGCUAGUGGUGGCACGAAGGGUAGCAUUGAGUUGAUGUAUGCCGAAGAGAGCAGUCUCCUUGGGGCAGCCAUCGCCGGCGCGGUUGCUAGUUUAGACGGUUAGGUCCUGCAUUUUGCAUCGUCGAUUUAAGAGGCAUUUGGUAUAC